AAGACAGCACAUGCUACUAAAUAAAUAAAUAUUUACAAUUUGUAAAAUGACAAAGUUUUGGAAAAAGUAUAUACUUUGGUUUGCCCAAGAGCAUGUGGAUUUUCGAGUAGCUGAAUUCGAGUCAAUUGUAAAGUUAUUCGGCCUUGAGUUUAGGCAUAUUAACGAGAAUCGAUUGAAACCUUUCUGGCUGGUGGAAUUUCCGAAUGAAGAGAUUGCUUUGAAGUACGCCUCCCGAUCUGUGGCACUGCGAUCAAUAAUUGAGCUGCAUACACAUGGUAACACAAUGCCGGAAUUCCACCAGAGAUUGCAGUCUCAUGUGGACAGGAAUCGAGGGGAACUCUCGGAGUAUUUCAGUGCGGACAGCUUUAGGGUGACAGUGGAAACGUACAACAAACAUUUUAGUCAGCGGCAGAAGAUUGAUAAAAUCGAGGCCAUGGAUUAUUUACCCAUCGCAGGCGCUGUUAAUCUCAAGGAACCACACGUGGAAUGGUGGUACUUGGAAUUCUGGGGCUUGGAUCCCACCGAUGUGCCCGCCGAGCCAGAGGAUAUUGUAUUUGGACGCAUGUUGUGCCAAGGACAAAGACAUUUAAUUAAACAGCUGUCGCUAAAGCAGCGUAAAUUCAUUGGGAACACCAGCAUGGAUGCACAGUUGAGUCUGUUAAUGGCCAACCAGGCGUUGGUCCGGAAUGGUGACCUCGUCUUCGAUCCCUUCGUGGGCACUGGCUCCUUGCUGGUAAGUGCUGCCAAGUUUGGAGGAUAUGUUCUCGGAGCUGACAUUGAUUAUAUGAUGGUCCAUGCCCGCUGUCGUCCGAGUCGCAUCAGCCAAAAGGUGCGGGAGAAGGACGAGAGCAUACGUGCCAAUCUCAAGCAGUACGGUUGUGAGGAUCGCUAUAUGGAUGUCGUGGUAGCUGACUUCUCGAAUCCCCUCUGGCAUCCAAGGAUUCGCUUCGACAGCAUCAUUACAGAUCCUCCUUAUGGUAUUCGUGAGGCCACCGAGAAGGUGGAGAACAAGUCCAACUCUAAGGAAAACACUCGCACGGCGGAUAUGGCGCAUUAUCCCUCAACCUCACACUAUUCCCUGCAGCAUUUGUACACGGAUCUCAUGCAGUUUGGCGCCAAACAUUUGAAACUAGGCGGUCGCCUCGUUUGCUGGUUGCCUUUUCAUCGCGAGGAUUACAGUGAAUCAAUCCUGCCACAACACACACACCUCCGGCUAGUGGCCAAUUCGGAGCAGCUUCUGGCGGGAAACACAGCACGACGUCUGCUCACCUAUGAGAAGUGCUUGGAGUACAGUGAGACAGCUAACCAAAAUGGUAGUUCCACACAGAUUCCCGAGUCCACACAGGAGUUUAGAGAGCGCUACUUUAAUACGAAUGGAACACUGGAGUCGCGUCAGGAUCGUCGCAUGCGGAAGGCGGCACAGCGGGAGGAGGGACGACUGCAGAUGGAGAUGCGAGGGAAACUCGUGAUUGAUGGACGUGCCAAGAAAUGUGAUUUAAACAAAGCUCGCUUCGACUAAAUAAUUUUCUAAUUAAUGAACAUA